CUGUCUUCCUACCGCCUCCUCCCCGCCGCCGCUCCCUUCGUCACCGUAGCCCUCAGCCGCCGAGCAGCGGAGUCUCGCCUCUCCCCCGCUCUCCUCGCCGCCCCCCCACUGUCCUUUAGCUCUUCCACUCACGUCCUGGCCAAGUGAUACCCUCAUCACCCUCUCUACCUCAUACCCAUCGUUCAGCCGCCACCCAUCCAGCUUCGACCUUGUUGCUGCGAUACGCUUCAGUCUCGCCUUUCAGCAAGUGAUACCCGCGGCGAGCUCCCAUAUCCACUACAUACCCUUCGGCAUCCUCGAUCGCGAACCUUCGCGACUGACUGCUCUUCGCGCCUUUCACGGUCGCAGCACUACCUCGACUUCUGCUCAGAGGUGGACUGAAAAGUCUAGCGUGCCUAUUGGCAAUUCGCUCAAGGCUGCAUAACUUCCUCUCAUCCAUCGGCAAAGAGGCUCACAUUCGCGCCACCCCCUCUCGACCAUGGGUCUACCAGAGCGUUACUCGCUCACCGUCCCCGCCAGGGAUGUGCGCUCGGCGCCCCCGGCGGUCAAUCCCAACCUCAUCCUGAUCUUGCGUUUUCUACUGACCGCACUCGUGUGCGGUCUAGCACUCGCGACGACGAUCAUGUGUAUCCUGGUCGUCGUGUACUACAACACCCACGACCCCAUCAUCCGCCCUUCAUGGGGAUCCCUCAUCUUCUUGAUCUUCCUCGGCUUCUUCACACCCAUCAUCUACUUUGGCUACAACAUCUUCCUACCACUCAUGCCCUUCAUCAAGUACGGUGACUUCCUCUACUCCAUUUUCAUGGUCAAGAUCGAGCUGCUGUUGCAAUUCGCAAUGUGCGUGCUGUGGGUCUCUGGUGCCCUCGCGUACGCCAAUGAUUUGCGAGGCUAUGAGAAUUGUCAAUUCGACGGUUAUCUUCACUACACGGAGCCUGCAGACUUCCACCACGUCUGCGACCUGAUCAAUUGGGCCGUUCCACUUGCCUACGCCACCUUUGGUGUACAGGUUCUCCUCUGGGCCUUCGAGACGACAUUUGGUCUGUACCUCUUCCUCUUUCUGGAUCAGGACUCGCUCAAUGAGCCCCACUUCACCUGGGGCAGGAGAGCCUUUGACUGGAAGAAAUCGGCCAAGCAGCAGCUCGCGCUUCAAGAGUCCAACAAUGGUCCCACAAAUUACCGCGCUCGUGCAGUCUCUGCACCUACUGCUGGUGCAGGUGUAGCAGGCCUCGGUGCAGGGUACGCAGCCGGUCGUGGUGGUGGACGGCGAGGAUCCGCCUACCGUGAAGAUGGGGACAGCGAGCGCUACUCGGAUCGUACUCUCAGUGCUACCGAGCUGCGCGAAGAGGACGAGGAUGGCUAUACCGAAGGUGUCACCGAAAUGACCGAGACGCAGAUGGGAGAUGACAGGCCACGCAGACCGCUCAGCUUGGGCAAGCGAGGCAAGAGGGGUUACAACGACGAGGAGUCUGGAUUUGAUAGAUCGAGGUCUUCCCAAUCGCAGAGGUCCUUUAGUGAAGGCACUGGAAGAGGUUACCGACGCAACUACGAUGAGGGUGACGAGCCCAUGGGCUACUAUCCACAGGAGAAUCGACGGAGGGGUAGUUUGGGGCGUGGACCUGGGGUGCAGACGGAUGAGGAGAGUACAGGAUGGCACCUGAGACAAUGAGACCCGAGGCACACAAAGCAUACCUGAAAGCAAGCAAGCAAGCAAGCAUACCGUUUCAUCAGCACCCUGCUAGUCAUUCUUCAAGAUAGGGAGUCGUAGAGCGUCCUUUGCUCGCUCUCCUCCCAUUGAGCUCCCCCCCUCACCCCCUUUUCAUUGGCGACUGCAUACCUCUUCUUUCGAGGGCGGGCGACUAUGACGGUCGCGUCGUCCUCUCUCUGAUCACCAGCGCACCACGUCGCACACACCUUCAUUACCGCACACCGACAGCUAGCAAUAGCUUGCCGCCUGCAUUCGCUUCGUCCUUCUGCUUUCGCUGUUACCUCAUUUCCUGCUUUCUUCGCCCUUGCUUUGCGACUCUUGCUUCUUUUGUACUUCUGCCUUUCUUCUUUUUCUUCUUCGUCUUCGAUGCCACCAGAAUUCCAAUUCAAUCCGGUGUGUGCUUUC